UAUGCUACAGAUUGAAGGGGCUAGAGAAACCACUCCUGAAACCCCCAAACAACAUCAAGAAACAACACCCAAGCUUCCCCCAGCUCCAACAAAAAUUCAUCCAGACGCCGAGGACGCUGCUGCCCUGUUGAUGAUGGCACGGACAGCAAGCUAUGUUCCUAAAACAGAUCUGCCGAUGCCAUCAUUCAGCCUCGGAUUGACAGAUUCAAGCCAGGAGGGGGCGUCGACGCAGGAGACAGAAAGGGAAAAAUCUCCAGAAACUGCAACUAUACUGGAACAAUUGGACAGUUUGGUCCAAAAGUUAGCAAAGGGAAAAGACGAAAGUCCGCAAAUUCGGAGGGAGACUGGGGGAGAAAGUUCUGCUAAGUUUGAAACACCGGGGGGAACAAAUCAAAUUCCGGAUGAUAUGAAAGAAAAGUGCUACAUCUGGGGGACGAGACUGAAGGAGGAUGCAAAGGGUGAUACUAACGAGUUUGAGGAGAUAUGCACUGUGACUGGCCAAGGAGAGUACAUUUUGAUGAGAACGCACCUUGCAUCCCUCCAGGCAAACAGUGAUAUAGAAUGUCAGGUUGUAUCUGCCAUCUGCCUCAUCCUAAACCAGAAAAAGGAAAAGAGGUUUCAUGCACAAAUAUACUGUCUCCCCCCAGAUAUUGUGAGCAUGGCACUUUCUGAUCACCCAAAGGGGGAAUUCAUAUCUCCGAAAACGAACAGAGAAUUCAGGGUGGAAGCCUACCCCAAUUUCAUUCCCUUCAUAGAUAGGAAAAAAUUAAGUUCGCAUCCAUAUAUUUUUGCUCCUGUUUGCCACUCGGGACAUUGGUGGUUAUGGCUGAUAAAUACAAGAACGCGGAAAUGUCAAAUACUUGACCCGCUGCACAAAAAAGCUCCAAGCCAUGAGAGAAAGGACAUUAAUAAAUUCACUGGAUAUGUAUUUUCGAGAUUGAUAGCAUAUGCCGGCGGGAAACCUCUCGAGAAAGGCGAAAAGGAGAAGGAAAUUAAAGCCCCAUAUGUUAAAAUUUCAGGCCAAAAAACAAGCUAUGACUGCGCUAUUUACGUAAUGAAGUGGCUUGAGUUAAUAGAGCCGGAAAACAUUAAAAAGGGGAAGUAUGAAUGGGAUAACUGGACACAGGAGGAGGUGGACCACUACAGAGUGGAAUAUGCUUCCCGGAUACUAUUUAGUGAGUUGAAUAGACAGAGAGAUCAGGCAAUUAGAGAGAGUAGUGCUAUAAGGCUGUCGAAGCCAUCCUCUGUAUUAUUGAGUCCGUUCUGUCAGAUUAAUUCUGAGGAUAUAGAAACUGGGUAGUUUGUAAAUUGAACAAAUGAUGUAAAUGUUUGCCAUUCAAUUUAUUCAA